CACAGUAUCUCACCACUUGCUCUCUGGAAAUGCUUCAGAUAGGCUUGUUUUUUAGGACCGUUUAGCUAUUCCGUCUAACGUUGCAAAAAUGACAUUUGUGUUGCCAUCGUUUAGACAUCCUGUGCGUCCUUAGAGCGCGCUCCAGGGUACUUAUAUCAGGGGAAGCGCUCGAGAAACUUGGACCGAAGGGAUGCGCCAACGAGUGCAUAUCUUGGCAGGGAUCAGUUGUUAAGGACUGGAAAUGGCACACAGUAGGCCAUGGAGUGAGACUCUCCGUUUCCCAGCUCUAUCAUAAAAUAAUCAAACACAAACAGGUCAUAAUUUGUAAUAUUUUCAGCGACAGAAAUCUGUUAUCAGUUCUGCAAGACUGCCGGACGACGGUGGACACAGGAUCCUCAUUUCUGAUGCGGAAAGUUCUAAAUGCUAUGAAUGGAUUUUGUGGCUGCUGAAGUUCUUUUUAUGUCAGCACUGUGACGGAGGUUUGAGGGUUAGACACCUGCCUCUGGGAUCACCGGCGGACAUAUCAGCUGCGGACGGUUUGGCUACGCUGCAAGCGCUCAUAGAGAAGUCUCUGGCUCAGGCAGAUCUUCUGAUGACCUAAUGGAACUGAAUUUACGAGUAGUGCUGUUUUGGGUCCUGGUGCUCCACUGUGGUUCUGCUGAAGGCAGUAUCCUGUACCGGGUCCAAGAGGAGCAGCCUCCCAACACUCUUAUUGGUAGCCUGGCCGCAGACCAGGGCCUGCCAGACUCUGGUCAUCUCUACAAGCUGGAGGUGGGUGCCCCUUACCUUCGUGUUGAUGGAAAGACGGGAGACAUUUUCACCACAGAAAUUCCCAUAGACAGAGAGACCCUGAGGGACUGUCGAUCCCUGGCUAAGGGUAAGCCCUGCUACCUGGAAUUUGAAGUAUCAGUGACAGAUCUGAUACAAAACCAGAGCCCACGACUUAUUGAAGGACGCAUUGAGGUACAGGACAUCAAUGACAACACUCCACAAUUUCCGUCUUCUGUUCUCACCAUCUCUGUCCCAGAGAACACGAUCAUGGGGGCACUAUUCUCCAUACCUCUAGCUACAGACAGGGAUUCGGACAAGAAUGGUGUGGCGGAUUAUGCUCUGACUGCAGGGCCAGACGCAGCAACCCUAUUUGGUUUACAGGUGGCUGACGACAGGGGGGGGAAGCUCCCACAGCUCAUUGUCCUGGGCAACCUAGAUCGCGAGUUAAAGGAUUCCUAUGACCUCACCAUCAAGGCAGUGGAUGGAGGAAACCCUCAGCGCUACAGCAGUGCUUUGCUGAGGGUGGUAGUCACUGAUGCUAAUGAUAACUCUCCCAAGUUUGAAAAGUCCACGUAUGAGGCGGAAGUGUCGGAAAACAGUCCAGUGGGGCACUCUGUGUUGCAGGUCAAAGCAAAUGACUCUGACAUGGGCCCUAAUGGAGAAAUUGAGUACACCCUUCACCAAGCAGUAGACCCAGUGCCGAAACUCUUACGAAUUGAUCGGUCCACUGGCAUUAUCUAUGUCAAAGGACCACUGGACAGGGAGGAAAUCAGCAGCCUGUCCUUCUAUGUGGUGGCAAGGGAUAAGGGUCCUCAACCGAAAAGCUCAAAGACAUUUGUAACCAUUGAGGUGACUGACCAAAAUGACAAUGCUCCAGCUGUUGAGAUUCGUGGGAUUGGCCUUGUGACACACAGUGAAGGAGUGGCUAACAUUUCAGAGGACAUGCCAGUAGGAACCGCCGUUGCUUUGGUGCAAGUGUCUGACAAGGAUGAGGGAGAGAAUGCUGUAGUCACUUGUGUGGUCGCAGGAGAUGUGCCCUUCCAGCUCCGCCCUGCCAGUGACUCAUCCAGUGACAACAAGAGGAAGUAUUUCCUACAGACCACCACUCCUCUGGACUACGAAAGGGUUAGAGACUACCGAGUAGAGAUUGUGGCUGUGGAUUCUGGAAAUCCAGCACUCUCUAGUACAAACUCUUUGAAGGUGCAGGUGACUGAUGUGAACGAUAACUCGCCAAUAUUCUCCCCAACCUUGUUUGAGGUAGAUUUUGCCGAAGAAAACCAACCAGGGGAGAAGGUUUUGGAUGUUACAGCUUCAGAUGCUGACAGUGGCACUAACGCGGAACUGCUCUAUAAUAUUUUGGCAGACUCAUCCAUCAAAGGCCUGUUUGAGAUUGACCCAAAUACAGGCGAAGUAAGAGCCCGCAGCCCGCUUGACCGUGAGCAUAAAGAACACUAUGAGUUCCGGGUCACAGCGGCAGAUAAAGGGUCACCUGUUCAUAAAGGAACAGCAACUGUUGUAAUAAAAGUCCUUGACCGCAAUGACAAUGACCCUAAGUUCAUGCUCAGUGGCUACAGCUUUUCAGUUUUGGAAAACAUGCCUCCCCUUAGUCCAGUUGGGAUGGUGACAGUACUGGAUGUGGACAAAGGUGAGAACGCUCACGUUCACCUCUCUGUAGAGCCUGAUGGAGGGAAGUUUGUUGUUCAAAAUGGAACCGGCACCAUUCUUUCAAGCAUCUCAUUUGACAGGGAGAAAGAAAGCAGCUAUACUUUCCGUCUAAAAGCAGUGGAUGGAGGAGAGCCACCCAGGUCUUCAUAUGUGGGUGUUACCAUCAAUGUACUGGAUGAAAAUGACAAUGACCCUGUGGUCACCAAGCCCUCCAAUUCUUCCUUCAGGCGCUUGUCACCUCUUGCUUCUCCAGAUAGCCAUGUUGAGGUAGUGGAAGCUGAAGACCUGGAUAGUGGGCCUAAUGCAGAGCUUGUCUUCAGUAUUGCUGGUGGAAACCCAUACCAGUUAUUUCGAAUCUCCCCCUCCAGUGGGGAAAUCACUCUAGCAAAAGAGAUGACCCGAAAACAUGGUGGACUACAUCGCCUAGUGGUGCGAGUGAGUGACAGGGGGAAGCCUGCACGUCAUGCCACUGCCCUGGUCCACAUCUAUGUCAAUGAAACCAUUUCAAAUGUCAGCUUAGUGGAGGCUCUAGUUGGACACAGUCUUUAUACUCCACUGGACAGGGACAUUGCUGGUGAUCCUGACAAUGUUUUUGCUGCACAGCGUAGUAACAUUUUGUUUGGAAGUCUUGCCGGCGUGGCAGGUGUUGUCAUGUUGAUCUUGGUGGUGGUAUUUAUUCGACACCGCAUCCAGAGAGAAACAAAGAGUGGUUAUCAGGCUGGCAAGAAGGAAACAAAAGACUUAUAUGCACCCAAACAGGCACCAAAGAAUGCCAAAGGCAAGCGAGGAAGGAAAGGAAAACCCCAGAAGUCCCCAAAACCACUCGGGGAAGAGGAGGAGGUUAGCCUUCAAAAGAGUCUCAAGUUCAACCUCGAUGGAGUCAACGAUAGCCCGAGGAUACACCUGCCCUUAACAUAUUCGCCAGGAAGCCCUGAUAUAGGCAGGCACUACCGCUCCAACUCCCCUUUACCCUCCAUUCAGCUGCAGGCCCAAUCCCCCUCAGCAUCACAGAAGCAUCAGGCUGUCCAGGACCUUCCUGCCGCCAACACCUUUGUGGGCACAGGAGGAGAUGACAACUCUACCGGGUCAGACCAGUACUCAGAUUACAGUUACAAGACCAGCCAACCGAAGUAUAACAACAAACAGCAUUCCCAUCGGCGAGUGACCUUCUCCACUGCCAACCCUGUGCAGGACCUGCAGGAUGCCUCUCAGCACAGCUACUAUGACAGCGGCUUGGAGGAAUCCGAGACUCCCAGCAGUAAGUCAUCUUCUGGUCCUCGCAUCGGACCCCUGACCCUGCCUGAGGACCACUAUGAGAGAACCACUCCAGAUGGCAGCAUUGGAGAAACCGAGCACCCUGAAAAUGAUAUCCGCUCCCUCCCUGAUGUGGCAAUGACCGGAAACUGUACAACCGAGUGCAGCGAAUUGGGCCACUCAGACGCCUGCUGGAUGCCCGGGCAUCCCUCCCCAGUCCGCAAGACCAGGAACCCCCCGAAACUCUCCACCUUCGUGCCUUACCAGGAGAGAGGGAGCCUGGGACGCCUGGCAAACGGGAACGCCAGGCUGGGUGGUGAGGAGCAUCGGCCGCGCCUUCCGCCUUCCCGUAGUGCCUAUUCCAAUAGCGGUCACGACGCCAGUCAGGACUGCCCCUUAGAGGAGAUGCCCCUGAGCGUAGCCUCUGAGUUCCCACCCACCUCCCCUUCUGCCCACACUCCAAAAAGAGAAAUUUACCUGUGAGGAAUACCAUCAUCCGAUUGGUGCACAAAUGAAGAAAAGAUACACCCACUCCAGAAGGAGAAACAGGCUGUUCACAUGCUAAAGCCAAUGCCCGUUUUGUAGGUAACAAUAGGCUGUGACUCAUUCAAUCACUGGCAUGAACACUUGUUUUUUUGUCAUUUCCUCCUUAAAUUAUUAAUUUAUUAGCAUAUUUAUUAAGAAUUCCACAAAGUUAAUUGAUGCACUCACUCAUUUAUUCAUACAAAAUCCUGAAGAAUACAAUUCAAACAGAUCAAAAGGAAAUCCAGAUGGUAAUUGCUACUUUCGUAGUAACUAAUUAUCGUUGUAGUUAGCCAAGUCCCAUUCUGUGAAGUGAUCUCUUGAAUUUGAAAGUUGUGAUCAGUGCUCUUGUGCCAUUAUUAGAUAUAAUUUAAUAGACAGCAAGUCAGGCCCUAUCAGAAGACAUAACACUUUUGACUAACAAUCAAAUGAUAUCUUAAUGUACAGUUCUGUAAAUACUUUUGAAUGGUGUGUUCUACAUAUAUUUUUGUCUGGCAUAAACUGAAAAAAAUUGCCUCAGAAUCUUAGCAUAUUUAAGCUUUUCUUUGCUGCUGCUGUUUAGACUUGAUUGAAACCAUCUCCAGAAGUGGAGCUCGAUAUUGUGGUAGGUAUUUAUCCGCUCCAUACAAUCAUACGCACCUCUGACCCCUAAUCAUAGCAGAAUGGCCUUUACCUCUGCUCCCCGUAGAGCAAUGCCACUGGUGGAGAAAGCUGUCUGGCAACAUUUAAACUGACAUUAUGUUCCACUGACUCUCAGCACUGUGACCUAUCGUUCAUCAUGAAAACGGUUGACUUGGCCACAGUACCCCGGAGUUUAAUGACCAAACGCCGAGGACUCACUACACAUUGUGAUUGGCUUUUCAUAUAAAACCUUGUGACUCACUGUGUUGAUGAAAUCAGUUUAAAAGGCUCUUCUCUAUCGUGACAAUCAGACGGGCUCUAUGUGUAACUCACAGUCCUUUCCUCUAAAGCUCAUAGUCAUUUCUCCUCACAAUUCAUCAGAACUUCUACAGCUCUAGUGAAUGCAUAGUGAGCUAUUUACAUGAAAAGGCAUGUAGAGCCACUGGAGAGAUUGAGUUAAUAUAAUACUGAUAUAAAUUUACACGACUGCUCUACGUUGAGAGUAAUUUCUUGGUUUUUUAAAUGUAUCAGUUAUCACAAGGGGUGAAGUCAAUACACAGUGCACCAACUAAAAUAAGGAAUUAUAGAACAGUGUCGACCUUCAAGUAUAAAAAACAAUUAUACAUUUGAAGAAAUAUGGAAGGUGUCUGCAAAUGUUAAUCUUAAACAUAGUUGUAGAUAGUAGGAGUCAGGCUCAAUUAUUGCUGUUAAUUAUGAUUUUCCAUGUAUUCAGAACAACAUGGUUAAUAAAUUAUUAGGUAUUUUCCCUUCUCUGGCUAUUGAACAGAGAAUUAAAAAUAGGGCAUGCCCGUGGGCUUCAUUUAUCUUUACAAAGAUUAUCCAAGUGAAUCUGAAGGAGAUGUCUGAAGGACACUAUGUAUUAGUCAGUAAUUGGAUGUUAAUGAUGACAACACUAGCCUGCCUUACAACAUUGUAGAGCUAGCCAAUGUCUUUGAUUUAAACAUUGAUUUGAUUAGAUUUGUAGAUACCUUUCACCUCUGCAGAGUAUUUUCAUAGCGAGAGUAAGGGUGGAACAGCCUAGAAUGGACAUUUACUAAUUAGGGUGAGUAAUGAGUCCUGAGCUAGGGCAUGUGUGAGCACACCCUCAGGACAAGGCACCUACCAGAUAAUGCAAAUCCACCCGCAGAGCUACAAUCAGUUAAAAGGGGUAUUUUUAUCAGCACUUGCCUCAUCAUGCUGCCAUUGAAAAUUGUGUUUAGAAUAAUUAAACUGGAAACAUAUGGAAAUUACUGGACAUGGCCAUGAUUAAAUAAGGUGGGCGAUUAUCCUGCCUUGAGGGGGAGAAAGCACAUUAUGCCGUUUUCAAAGCCAUUUAGCGACUGAAAUAAAAUUCAAACAACAGCCAUGAUACACUGUGAUUAAACCCCCUCGGCUCCCCCAAGCACCGCUCUCAGAGCUGUGGAUAGCCGCUUCACGAACUCAAAGCGGCGGGUGAGAUCACUGACCUGGAAUUAAUGAAAAGUGAGAAAGAUAGCAAUGAGUGAUAAAACCAAUGUCACAUAGCCUCAAUCACAACUUUAUCUAUUUAAAUGCUUUGACUCAAUUCCGAUUCACAACUGCUUUGCAUCCAGAAUCAUCUCUGUGGUUCAAUUUGAACCUGAUUCCAGCCUAAGUACGCUUAUCGCUUUGGAUAAUCUGGAAUGUAUCUUCAGAUUUGUCUCUUUGAUCACCCAUACAGGAAGUAAAUGGGGUAACUCCAAAUGGAAUGGCAGGAGUUAGAUUUAAGUUCUCUGCAAAAUAAAAAUAAGCCUGGGCCUACACCCCCCCGUCUUAAUGAGUCGGACUCUUUCACUCCUGCUGAUAAUGACCUCCUGCUACUCACCCCUGGAACAAUAUAUCACCAGGUUUGACCUUUCUUUUGAACUCAUGCUGAAUGAACUGUGUUAACUUCUCUCUCAAACACAGAAUGGUUCUUCUUGAAUAAAGUAAGAGGACAUCAUGAAGCACCUAAAUACACUCAAAAGUAUGUUGAAUAAUGUUUAAUUUGUACUUAACAUUGAUUUAAUGUUGAAUUCACUUGAGUAUCUUUUGCCUCUCUGUAGUGUGUAUUGUAUGGUGAUCAUUUCUGUGGACAGAUGGACAAAUUACUGUACUGAAAUUGGCAAGGGAUUUUUUUCUUUCUGGUUGUGUGAAAAAAAAAAAAAAAAAUCUGUUGGUGGUGUAGUGUACAUAGAUCUCCACAACCCUGUGUCUGCUGUCAGGCAGGCAAUGAUUUUAGCAUGAAUUCCAAAGAUAAUUGGUAGAAACUGUUUACUCUUUUUUCUUUUCUGUUACUUUCUGAAAUGACAGUGCUGGUUCAUACUGAAAAGGCCCUCCCCCAAACAAACUGAAAUUAACUGAACAUUUCAUCUUUUCCACCGUUCAUCUAGUACAAAGACAAUUGCCUUGGAAAUAUGUCUUUGCAAGAGAGAAUCUAGUUGUUAUCCUAAUUGUUGGUAUAUUUAUAUAGGAUAAAAAUGCUUGUGAUGCCAUGUUUUUGUACAGUUUUAUGUACAUACAAGUGAAGCUUUCUAAAAGUUCUGAGAAAAGCCGAUGGCAUAUAAAAAUUGUAAAAUGUUUUCUUGAGAUGUGCACAUCUUGCCUUGGUUGGAUUGACCUUUGCUGAGUCAGUGUGAAUGUGGCCGUUCUAUGCCUGCACUGUAGUCAUUCACCGGCUCCCACCUCCUGAGGACUUAAUCAGUUUUUAUGUUUAUUGUGAACAGUGGAUUGUCUUAUCUUACCAGUUUGUUAAACUCCUGUGUUCUGCUUUGUUCUGUUUUUCGCAUGUUGACAAAUUCUCUUGUAAUACUGUAAGUCCUCAUGAACUUUGUAAUAAAAUCACUUC